AGAGAGGAGGCCACACCCCACGCUGCCCCUGCCGUCAAGCCUGGUCAACCCCCGCAGGGUUCCCGGAUGUGCUUUCCCAGCCUCCAUCUUCUAAGUCUUGGAAGGCAUUUUGUGAGGAGGCGCGAUCUAGGUCAGCCGAGGGAAGUCUUAGAUCCAACCAGUUCUCAAGAAAAGACAGGCGCACCACACCGAGGGCCUAGGAGUCUUCUGGCAACAGAGGAGGCUGAACCGGGGCUGCAGCCAGGGAGGUGGCACUGGGCUUCCUGGGGAGCCCGUCACAGGCAGGGCCUAUUCACGACGCAGGAAGGGCCAAGGUUGGCCUGCAGCCCUCCGCCAGGACCAGACGUCUGCAGGGGCUCCCCUGAAAGCCAGCAGGCAGUGCUGGUUCAGGGGAUCCAGGAACCAGGAGUUGAAGACCAGGGUCUGAGUUCCACUUCUAAACUCAGCACAGCAGAGGAGGCCCAGGCAAAGCUAGGAGUCAAGGUUCCCACAGAGCAAACGCCCUAGGAAGACAGGCGAUCUGUGAGGCCUAGAGUACCAUCUUAAGAGAAGGAGAGUUGUAAGGCAGCCUUUGUCAGAGCCAUCAUGGACGAGGAGAUGCCUGCUGCUGGGAUGCCGAGUCUUCUCCAGAGUUCUCCUGAGAAUCCUCAGAGUGCACCCGAGGGGCCUGACCAGUCUCCUCUCCAGAGUCCUGUGAGCGCCUUCAUCUCCUUCACUUCAUUGAGUCUUCAGAGUCCUCCUGAGAGUCCUCAGAGUUCACCUGAGGGGCCUGUACAGUCUCCUCUCCUGAGUCCUGUGAGCUCCUCCUCCACUUCACUGAGUCUUCCCCUGAGUUCCCCUGAGGAUCCCCAGAGUCCUGUGAGCGCCUUCAUCUCCUCCACUUCAUUGAGUCUUCAGAGUCCUCCUCAGAGUCCACCUGAGGGUCCUGUACAGUCUCCUCUCCUGAAUCCUGUGAGCUCCUCUUCCACUUCACUGAGUCUUCCCCUGAGUUCCCCUGAGUAUCCCCAGAGUCCUCCUGAGGGGCCUGCCCAGUCUCCUCUCCAGAGUGCUCUGAGCCCCUUCGUUGCUUCCAUUUCAUUGAAUCUUUCCCAGAGUUUCCCUGAGGGUCCUCAGAGUCCUUCUGAGGGGCCUGCCCAGCCUGCUUUCCAAAGUUCUGUGUGGUCCUUCUCCUCCACUUCACUGAGUCUUCUCCAGAGCUUCCCUGAGAGUCCUCAGAGUCCUCCUGAGGGGCCUGCCCAGUCUAUUUUCCAGAGUUUUGUAUGCUCCUUCUCCACUUCACUGAGUCUUCUCCAGAGUUUCCCUGAGAGUCAUCGGAGUUCUCCUGAGGGGCCUGUGCAGUCUCCUCCCCAGAGUUCUGUGAGCUCCUCCUCCUCCAGUUCAUUGAGUCUUCUCCAGAGUUUUCCCAAGAGCCCUCAGAGUCCUCCUGAGGGGCCUGCACAGUCUCCUCUCCUGAGUCCUGUGAGCUGCUCCUCCACUUCACUGAGUCUUCCCCACAGUUUCCCUGAGAGUCCCCGGAUUCCUCCUGAGGGCUUUCCCAAUCUCCUCUCCAGAGUCCUCUCUACCUACUCCUCCUCCUCCUCCAGUUCAUUGAGAUUUCUCCAGAGUUCUUCUGAGAGUCCUCAGAGUCCUCCUGAGGGGCCUGCGCAGUCUCCUCUCCUGAGUCCUGUGAGCUCCUCCUCCACUUCACUAUGUCUUCCCCCAAGUUCCCUUGAGAGUCCUCAGUGUCCUCCUGAGUGGCCUGCGCAAUCUCCUCUCCUGAGUUUUGUGAGCUCCUCCUCCUCAAUUUCACUGCGUCUUCCACUGAGUUCCCCUGAGAGUCCUCCUGAGGGGCCUGCCGAGUUUGCUCUCCCGAGCUUUGAGUCCUUCUUCUCCUCCACUUCACUGAAUCUUCUCCAGAGUUUCCCUGAGAGUCCUCCUGAGUGGCCUUCCCAGUCUCCUCUCCAGAGUCCUGUGAGCUCCUCCUCUACUUCACUGAGUCUUCCCCAGAGUUUCCCUGAGAGUCCUCAGAGUCCUUCUGAGGGCCCUGCCAGUCUCCUCCCCAGGGUCCUGUGAUCCUUCUCCUCCCUCUCUUACAGUCCCCUGUGUCUUCUCCAGAGUUCCACUGAGAGUCCUCAGAAUCCUUCUGAGGGGCCAGCCCAGUCUGCUCUCCAGAGUUUUGUGCGCUCCUUCUUCUCUGACUGUUUGAGUCUUCUCGAGAGUUCCCCUGAGUGUCCCCAGAGUCCUCCUGAGGGCCCUUCCCAGUCUGCUCUCCAGGGUCCUGUGACCUCCUCCUCCUUCAGUCCAUUGAGUUUUCCCCCGAGUUCCCCUGAGUGUCCCCAGAGUCCUCCUGAGGGCCCUUCUCAGUCUGCUCUCCAGGGUCCUGUGACCUCCUUCUCCUUCAGUCCAUUGAGUUUUCCCCCGAGUUCACCUGUGUGUCCCCAUUGUCCUGAGGGCUCCUCCCAGUCUGCCCUCCAGGGUCCUGUGACCUCCUUCUCCUUUGGUCCAUUGAGUCUUACCCCGAGUUCCCCUGAGUGUCCUCAGAAUCCUGAGGGGCCUGCCCAGUCUGCUCUCCAGAGUUUUGUGCGCUCCUUCUUCUCUUACUUUUUGAGUCUUCUCGAGAGUUCCCCUGAGUGUCCCCAGAUUCCUCCUGAGGACCCUUCCCAGUCUGCUCCCCAGGGUCCCGUGAGCACCUUCUCCUCCUGUCCAUUCCGUCUUCCCCUGAGUUCCACUGAGUGUCCCCAGAGUCCUCCUGAGGGGCCUUCCAGUCUGCUCCAGGGUCCUGUGGGCUCAUUCUACUCCUCCACUUUAUGGAACCCAUCCAGUGAAGAGUCCAGCAGCCCAGCAGAUGAAGAUACAAGAACCUCAGACACCUUACUAGACAGUGAGUCCUUGACAGAUAAUGAGUCCCUGACAGCCACUGAGCCCUUGUUUGCUCAUACACUGGAUGAAAAGGUGGAUGAGUUGGUGCAGUUUCUUCUUCUCAAAUAUCAAGCGAAGGAGCCUGUCACAAAGGCAGAGAUGCUGACGAUUUUCGUCAACAGGUACAGGGGCUACUUUCCUAUGAUCUUCAGGAAAGCCCGUGAGUUCAUAGAGAUUCUUUUUGGCAUUGCCCUGACAGAAGUGGGCCCCGACCACUCCUAUGUCUUUGUAAAUACAUUAGACCUCACCUGUGAAGGGAGUCUGAGUGAUGAGCAAGGCAUGCCCCAGAACCGCCUCCUGACACUUAUUCUGAGUAUAAUCUUCAUAAAAGGCUCCUGUGCCUCUGAGGAGGUCAUCUGGCAUGUGCUGAAUGGAAUAGGGGUAUGUGCUGGGAGGGAGCACUUCAUCUUUGGGGAGCCCAGGGAGCUCCUCACUAAAGUUUGGGUACAGGAACAUUACCUGGAGUACCGGGAGGUGCCCAACACUUCUCCUCCACGUUAUGAAUUUCUUUGGGGUCCCAGAGCCCAUUCAGAAAUCAGCAAGACAAAAGUAGUAGAGUUUUUGGCCAUGCUAAACAAUACCAUCCCUCGUUCCUUUUCACCCUCGUACAAGGAUGCUUUGAAACAUCUAGAAGAGAGAGCCCAGGCCACAAUUGACACCACAGAUGACUCCACUGUCACAGACGGUGCAAGCUCCAAUGUUUCCCAGCCCGUCUUCCCCUGAGCAAAGUCUAAGGCAGAAUCUUCCUUUUGAGUGUGAACAGGGCAGGCGAGUUUCUAUGCCAUGGAGGGCCCGGGUGAAGCUGGCGAGAACACAGUGUUUGCGUUUCUGUUCCAUAUGGUAGUUUAGAGAUUUACCUUUUUUACUUUGGGGUAUUUUUCAAAUGCUUUUCCUUUUAAUAACAGGUUUAAAUAGCUUCAGAAACUUAGUUUAUGGAGUUUAUGAAUAUUAGUCACACAUGUACUGCUGUUUAAGUGGUUUAGGGGGUAACGGUUUGAUAGUUUGUAAAACACACACACACACACACACACACACACACACACACGAUUGGGAAAACCUGCCUAUCUGUGGUCUGUCACACGUUAAUAUGGUAUUACUGUAGCAAUUUUCUUUAAACUGUAAAAGAACUCUGGAGUUGAAUAGUGGAACAAAACAAAGGAUUGUUAAUAUUUGCAUUUCCUCAUACCCUUUAGUCUGUUGUUCUUGAAAAUUAAAGAUACGUACCUGGUUUUCUUGGCUUGUUUAAUAAGUA